CAGUUUGCUGACCAAAAGCAAGAAUUCAACAAGCGCCCGACGAAGAUCGGCCGCCGUUCGCUUUCCCGCUCCAUCUCGCAGUCCUCGACAGACAGCUACAGCUCAGCUGCCUCCUACACAGACAGCUCUGAUGAUGAGACCUCCCCCCGCGACAAGCAGCAGAAGAACUCCAAAGGCAGCAGUGAUUUCUGUGUGAAAAACAUAAAGCAGGCAGAAUUUGGGCGCCGAGAGAUUGAAAUUGCCGAACAAGAAAUGCCUGCGCUGAUGGCUUUGAGGAAGAGAGCUCAGGGAGAGAAGCCGCUGGCUGGGGCCAAGAUCGUGGGCUGCACGCACAUCACAGCGCAGACAGCUGUCCUAAUGGAGACUCUUGGUGCACUGGGCGCGCAGUGCCGAUGGGCUGCCUGCAACAUCUACUCUACUCUUAACGAAGUGGCUGCUGCCCUUGCCGAGAGUGGGUUCCCCGUCUUCGCCUGGAAGGGAGAAUCCGAAGACGACUUCUGGUGGUGCAUCGACCGCUGCGUCAACGUCGAAGGAUGGCAGCCCAACAUGAUCUUGGAUGACGGGGGAGAUCUCACCCACUGGAUUUACAAGAAAUACCCCAACAUGUUCAAGAAGAUCAAGGGGAUAGUAGAGGAGAGCGUGACUGGUGUCCACAGGCUGUACCAGUUGUCCAAAGCGGGGAAGCUCUGCGUCCCAGCCAUGAAUGUCAACGACUCGGUCACAAAGCAGAAGUUUGACAACCUGUACUGCUGCAGAGAGUCCAUCCUGGAUGGCCUGAAAAGGACAACGGACAUGAUGUUUGGAGGAAAGCAAGUAGUGGUUUGUGGCUACGGGGAGGUUGGAAAGGGCUGCUGUGCUGCUUUGAAGGCCAUGGGCUCCAUAGUGUACGUGACAGAGAUCGAUCCGAUCUGUGCCCUCCAGGCCUGCAUGGAUGGAUUCCGGCUCGUGAAACUCAAUGAAGUCAUCAGACAAGUUGACAUCGUCAUCACCUGCACAGGCAACAAGAACGUGGUGACCAGGGAACACCUGGAUCGGAUGAAGAACAGCUGCAUCGUCUGCAACAUGGGCCACUCCAACACCGAGAUCGACGUGGCAAGCCUGCGUACGCCUGAGCUGACCUGGGAGAGGGUGAGGUCCCAGGUGGACCACGUCAUCUGGCCGGACGGGAAGAGGAUAGUCCUUCUGGCAGAGCCCACCUUUGUCUUGUCCAUCACUGCCACCACGCAGGCUUUGGCAUUGAUAGAGCUCUACAACGCUCCUGAAGGCCGCUACAAGCAAGACGUGUACUUGCUGCCUAAGAAAAUGGAUGAGUACGUGGCAAGCCUUCACCUCCCGACGUUCGACGCCCACCUGACAGAACUAACGGAUGAACAAGCAAAAUACCUGGGGCUGAAUAAGAACGGACCUUUCAAACCAAACUACUACAGAUAUUAAGUUCCCGCCGCUGUAUCCCGGAGAAUCGCGAGGAACAAGAACCCAAGUCUUUUCUCAACUACUGUACAGGAUGAAACAGCGCAAGCUUCCUAAGUUAGAGCCGGGCUUGCUCACAUAGUAGACAGUGUGUUUAGGUUAUUUAUUUAUUAAAUUAGAAUACUCUACAUGCGGCCUCUGCCACUGGUGUUCGUACUGCCGCGGGACUGGGAGACGGUGGAAUUCUUUCCGUCUUGUUUCAUUUUUCUCUUUGGGUUGCUCUUUUUUGGGGCUGGGAGGAUGGGAGAGGCAAGGAAGAAGCUGGUGGAAUGGAAUCGCUGCGAUGUACUUGCAAUAGUCCGUUAUCACCGUUAAUCCGACGCGCACGAUGGGAGCCGCGGGAUCCGACUUGGAGGUCGCACAUUGCUUUUGGUUUCCUUCGCAUCCCAGCGGUUCUUCCAGUGGAGCAGGAUCCCAGCAGCCCUGCGAGCCAGCCGGAGGGCAGCUGGGUUUGCAUUUCUCAUGCCAUUUGACAAUGCAGCUAAAAACCUCAUUUGCUCCAGGCGCUGCCGAGCAGCCAGGUGCUGCCUUGGCAGCGAAGCGGUAAAUCUCGCCGGUGAUCGCUGGAGAAACCUCUCAUGAUUCUGCCGAACUGCCCAAGGGACGGUUCUGCCAGCGAGUCGGUGAACUUUGCCUUAGCACUGCUGAAAGCUGUAACGAAGGGUCCGGUCGUUAGCGUCAGCCAGGGAUAGCCCCUAGCAUGUGGUAGGAGCCGGGAGGGCAGAGCAGUGCCCGCUCGGAGGCAGACCCUAAUGGAUGUGGUGGCGGUGGGGUAGGACCCACCACCGCUCCCUUCUUCGCAGCUCUGCAGUAUUUUCCUGCUGCUUAUGUUACGAGUGCCAACCUCCUACGGUUCAACCAAAGUCACAUUCCCGGUGGGGCUGUGGGGCCGCCUCGCGUGCCCGCACUGGUGGAAGAGCCUUGUGACCUCACCAACAAAUGCUGCUCACAUGUCGGGGAGCUCUUCCAAACCCAAGCGGAGCUCAUCGGCCAUCCCGGCUGGGAGGACCUGUGUGCACGCAAGGUCUUUCUCCAGCUGAAUUUCAGUCCUUGUUGGAAAUCUUCGGAGUUUUAUUUUCUAGUAAUCUUUGUACAAUGAAAUCUGGAAAUCCCCUUUGAGUGCGAGAGAUGUACGCCGGAGUAAUCCCCACCCCAGUUUUAUGCGCAGGGAAGACUUUAGCAUCACUAAACCCCUUCAUUCACCUCAAAUCUUGAUGCACCAGAGCCAAUGGAGAACAGAUUUGCCAUAGUUACUUGUUUUAGGCCAGGAUGUCCUGCCUGAACGCUGUGCACAGCAUGGCACGCUGACCAAGGUGACUUUCCAAGUCUCCAUGUCUCAUCGGAAUCACUUUUCAUGGUUCACAUGGAGAACGUGGUCCUUCUAAAAUAAAAUUGCCCGACCUUGUGAGCUCAGAAGCCUUUAUCCUGUGGAGGCUGCUUUGGUACCCGAGUCCCUCAUCAGCGACAGAUUCUUGUUUUGUCCUCACGGACUUCUUUGCCAUCAUGAAAAAACUCUUUUGUGGCAGCUUGUUCACGCACAAGAAUGGAAAAACUGUGGAACUAUGAUCUCAGCAGCCGAGUACUUCUCUUGAUGCUGAGGUCUGAAGUCAGCUUGGUCACAAGCUGCUCGGUUUUGGAUAAUAAGUUCUUGCUUAUUCCAAGUUUCUCUUUGAGAUUUCUCAAAACCUAUAAGGCUUUGAGAAGACCACUGAGGAGGUGUUAGGCCUUUGAGAAGAUCUUAGGGCUUUGAGGAGACUUUGAGGAGACAUUAGGGCUUUGAGGAGAUGUUAGAGCUUUGAGAAGACCUUAGGGCUUUGAGACUUUGAGGAGACCUUAGGGCUUUGAGGAGGCUUUGAGGAGGCUUUGAGGAGAUGUUAGGGCCUUGAGAAGACUCUAAGAAGACUUUAGGCCUUUGAGAAGACUUUCUCAUAGACUGGUCACUAACCACGAACUCAAUCUCUACUCAGUCAUGAAUUUUAUCCAGAUCCUGAGAUUUUUGGGAAGAGUACCCUGAGCUGUUUGAAACGUCACGUUCAGGUAUUGCCCCGUGCUCCAGUACCUUGGUCUGCAUCAGCCAAUGAACCCCAGGGUUUCCGUUGUUCCCUGCAGAUGCGCAGCGUGAAAUCCUGCUUUUGGUCAAGGUGAAACGGCAGUUGCGGGGUCACAUUGAGCAAAGCAGCUUUUGGAAAAUAGGUGUCCUAACCGCAGCCGCUUCUGCCCCGGGAAAAUCCCUCUCCAUCCGCAUGACCCUUCGGAACAGCUCACGCAGUCGCUUACCUCCCCCGCGUCCGUCGCUUGUGCAGCAUACGGUGGUGCUGUCCUCAUCCGUGAGUUCCUUCGUGCCGAUUUUUAAGCCCAUUUUCUCUUCCAGGUAGAUAGGAGAAAAAGAAAAAAAAAUUAACAAUAAACUCCCAACUGGCUUUUCCCACCUCGAUUUUUAAAGCUCUUCUCCAUGUCGUUCUGCUUCUUCUGUAAGCUUUUUUGCUUGCUUGGCUUUUUCCUAAUCAAUCUGGAAUCAUAUUCUGUGAUCAUCUCUAAAUUAAACGUGUAAUGGGUUGGGUUUUGUUUUUUUUUUUAAUGUAACACAUUUUUAAAGAAAUAGGAAAAAGGAGAUUUAGGUAACACCAGCAAAAUUGUAUAAGGAAAUUAAUUCUGUUCAGAACUUUAGCAAGAAUAAGACAAAACCUGUCAUCAGCCUGCAGUGAGGAAACGAAAACUUUGCAAACGUAACAUUUUCAAAAGGAUGUU